AUGGAGAGGUUAUUAUCACACAUUAUCGCCAUCAUUACUGCCCUUGUGAGCGUCAUUGUUCACAUAGCUCAUUGCCAAACUGUUUGCAGUAGACAAGCCUCGCUUGAAUGGCAUGUACAACAACAGACAGUUCAGCUGCAGUGGACACUUAUGGACGACAUCUGCAUGAAUAUCGCCCAUUGUUGGGGUUCCGAGAAAGAAGGAGAGGAGCCAGGCGUGCAAUCUUGCAACUUUCCACAGAUGUGCCCCCUUCAGUUGCAGCACGGAGACAGACUGUCCGUAUCUGUUGACGAAACACUUCUGUCCUACGGCAUCAGACUUGCCAACGUGUCAAAGGAGGCCUUUGAAUGUUGUUCUGCUGAAAUGCAUUUAAAGGAUCAGUUUCUUUCCCCCCACCGCAUCAACGGAAGUGAGCUCGUUGAUCCGAAGUGGCUCGGCCCGGGUCAUCAUUAUUUUAUUGCUCUGCAUGAGGGGGAUAGCCAGCUAUGCCGGCUUGGCUUGAGGGUCAACGUGUCCGUGAAAGAACAACUUUGUCAGAGUUCCCCGUUAAUUCGACUUUGUUCGGGGAAUGGUGUUUGUCAAACGGGCCUUCAGGAAGAUGCAUACCACUGUCACUGCCACCGGCAUUACACCGGAAGGUUUUGUGAAAAGUUCGAUGCUUGUUUGGAUAACCCUUGUGAAAACAAAGGAGUUUGUUUGAGCAAUGGCUCUGCGGAUGCAAGCCACAGAGCAUAUAAAUGUUUGUGCCCUCCACAUUUUACAGGGGUGAACUGCUCUGAAGUCAUCGGGAAAGAGAACUGCGGUAGAGUUUGUCGAAAUGGCAACUGUGUACAAGUGUCGCCAGCCUCCUUCAGAUGCAUGUGCAGUACAGGAUACUCUGGUCCACUAUGUGAGAGGAGAGCAUCCUGUUAUCCGAACCCGUGCAGAAAUGGUGGCAUGUGUGAAGAUACGACCACUGGUUUUGUCUGCCACUGUCCAGAGGGAUUCAGUGGCCUCGACUGUGACUAUCAAUUUGACUUCAAUUGCACGUCUUAUGGUUGUCAGGAUGAACUGCUCUGCUCUGCAGGGAAACACGCCUCUGAUUGUGCCUGUGCAGAUGGUAAUGUGGCGCCGGCAUGCCGCAGACAGCAGAACCUGUGCAGCCCAUCACCAUGUCUCAACAAUGCCAGCUGUGUAUCCAGGGGAGAUGAUUAUGCCUGCAGAUGUCUCAGAGGGUUUUCUGGGAGGAACUGUGAAGAGGUAAUUGACUACUGCAAGCUGCUCAAUAUCAAGUGCCUAAAUGAGGGAUUGUGCUUGAGUUUAAUUGGCGGAUAUGAGUGCAUCUGUGCACCCGGCUGGAUAGGAGAAUUUUGCCAAUAUGUAGGCAAUGCCUGCCUGAUGCACCCAAACAGCUGUUUAAAUGGAGCCACAUGCAUCACAACCAGUCAACCAGCUUCUCCCCCGCAGUACGUUUGCAAAUGUCCCCUUGGUUUCACAGGAACCUACUGUGAGACGGACAUCAACGAGUGUGAAUCAAAUCCUUGUCAGCACAAUGGCACAUGUUCUGACCUGGCAGGACACUAUGAAUGCUGGUGUCCCACAGGUUUUCAGGGAAAAGCUUGUGAGGUGGACAUAGACGCUUGUGCUCUGCCCAACAACGUAUGUCCUCCGAAGACUCAGUGUGUGGAUCUUCCCAUUGGCCUUAAAUAUACCUGUCGUAUACCCUGCCCUCAGCACGUUCAACCAUGUGCCCAUGGUGGACGAUGCCUGUUGAAUAGUGCCAGCAGCUACACCUGCGUGUGCAUGCCCGGUUGGUCAGGCCGAUACUGUCAUAUAAACGUCAAUGACUGUGUCCGGCACUGGUGUCAAAAUGGAGCCACCUGUGUGGAUGAGAUUGAUGGAUUCAGCUGCAUUUGCCCCAGAGGAUACACAGGAGCCUACUGUGAACUUGACGUUGAUUACUGUGUUGGUCAUCGCUGUUCCCAACAUGGCCUCUGCCUGGACCAGGAACACAACUUCACCUGCCGCUGCAUGCUCGGAUUUGAGGGAUCGCUUUGUGAGCUGGAGAUAGAUGAAUGCAACAGCUCCCCGUGUGCAAAUGGUGCCACCUGUGUGGAUCUAAUCAAUGGUUAUCGGUGCUACUGUCCCCCUGGGUUUGAGGGAAGGUCCUGCUCAGAGAACAUAAAUGAUUGCUGGUCACAUCCUUGUCUAAAUGGAGGCUCGUGUGUGGAUUUCAUUAAUGACUACAUUUGUCAUUGUCCUUUUGGAUUCAAGGGGAAGGACUGCUCUGUAAAUUUAGACCUUUGCUCGUUUGGAAUAUGCAGCGAAAAUACCAUGACGUGUAUGGAGUCCAAGGAUGGACAGAAUGUCACCUGCAUAUGCAAGAAAGGUUUUGGAGGGCCAUUUUGUGAAGUAAAUCAAAAUGAGUGUGAGUCAAAUCCGUGCCAGAAUGGUGGUAUUUGCGUGGAUGGUAUUGACCUGUAUCAGUGCUUCUGCCCAGGAGGGUUUCGAGGUGUGAACUGUGAAAUCGGCUAUGAUGAAUGUGUGCAUGGAUACUGUGCCAAUACUUCCACGUGUAUUGGCGUGGUGGCAGACUAUACAUGCAUCUGUCCUUUGGGCGUCACUGGAUUCUAUGGCCAUGACUGCUUUUCACCAGUAAACAGAUGUGUGACAGAUCCAUGUGACCCUGAGGGACCCUCUUCUAGCAAACACUUCUCAGUGUGCCAGAACAAGUCUGUGGGGCAGUACUGUGAACAUCACAUAAGCCAUUGUUUUGAUGGCUGUCGUCAUGGCGAGAAGUGUGUGGGUCUCGCCAGAGGGUCCAGGUGUGAUUGUUUACCAGGUUUAACUGGUCAGAUGUGUGAGGUAAACAUCGAUGACUGUGAGGGAAACCCGUGUGGAGUCCUGAGUAUUUGUAAAGAUGCUCUCAAUGGAUACAUCUGCUUUUGUGCACCUGGAUUUAUAGGGACUAAUUGUGAGAUUGAAGUAAACGAAUGUCUGAGUCAGCCCUGCCAAAACGGAGGCUCCUGUAUUGAUGAGCUCAACUCGUUCAGCUGCCAGUGUCCUUCUGGAAUCACAGGCGACCAGUGUGAAACCAACAUAGAUGAGUGCAUAUCAUCCCCCUGCCACCACAACGCCACGUGUGUUGACCUUGUACACAGCUAUGCCUGUGUGUGUAUACCUGGCUUUACAGGCACUGAGUGUGAACUUGACAUUGAUGAGUGCGCCUCGUUUCCUUGCAAGAAUGGAGCUACUUGCAUUGACCAGCCUGGUAAUUACUUCUGCCAAUGUGUGGCUCCAUUUCAAGGUCAUAAUUGUGAGUUCUUACCCUGCGAGGCAAGUAAUCCCUGUGAGAAUGGAGCAAAGUGUGUGGAGGAGUUUGAUCAGGACCAUUUCCCUUUGGGUUUCCGCUGUCACUGUCGUCGUGGCUUCACAGGGCCCCGCUGUGAAAUCAACAUGGAUGAGUGCAGCUCCAGCCCCUGUCUUCACGGCUUUUGCUACGAUGUUGUGGAUGGGUUUUACUGCCUUUGCAACCCUGGUUUUGCUGGGCUAAGAUGUGAGCAAGACAUUGAUGACUGUGUGAGCAAUUUAUGCAGCAGCAACUCAAUGUGCAAGGACCUGCAUUUGAGUUAUGAGUGUGUGUGUCACUCUGGCUGGGAGGGGAAAUUCUGCCGACAAGAAAUUGAUGAAUGUUUAUCAGAGCCCUGCAAAAACAACGGCACCUGCAUAGACCUCCUCAACAGCUUCAUGUGUGUGUGUUCGCCAGGCUGGACCGGUGUGGACUGUGCAGACAACGUGAACGAGUGCGAUUCUGCACCUUGCCUAAAUGGAGCUCAGUGUCAGGAGUCCGAUGUACCAGGGGAGUUCUCCUGCACCUGUCCCCCCUUCUUCACUGGCCCCUUGUGCAACCAGCCUUAUGACCCCUGUGACCCUCUCCACAAUCCUUGCCUGCACCUCUCCACCUGCCUGACACGCUUAGAUGGAACAGCUUCCUGCAGAUGCCGAGCCGGAUUCGAGGGAACUUGGUGUGAAAUUGACACCAACGAGUGCAGCUCAAGUCCAUGCCAAAACCAGGGCCGCUGUCUAGACCGGGUCAAACGGUUACAGAUGAAAGGGGGAUUUUCUGGCCGUCAUUGUGAGGAAGACGUCAAUGAGUGCUCCUCCAGCCCCUGCUACAACGCCGGCAUUUGUCAAGACCUUGUGAACAGGUUGUUGGAGAACAGUCACAGUUUUAAUGCUGGAUUUGCCACGGUGCCUAUUGACUGUGGGACGUGGUGUGAACGUGAUAUUGACGAGUGUGGUUCUAACCCAUGCCAAAAUAGUGGAACAUGUAUUGAUGCUCCCAGUCGAUAUCGCUGCCUGUGUCCAAAGGGCUUCAUGGGAGUCAACUGUGAGAACAACAUUGACGAAUGCCUGUCAGCGCCGUGUCUUCACGGGAGCUGUCAGGAUGGGAUAGAUGCUUACUCCUGUCGGUGUGAAAGCGGGUGGAGCGGCCGCAGAUGUGAAACAAACCUCAAUGAGUGCAGCUCUGGGCCCUGUCUGAACAGGGGGUCUUGUGUGGAUCUCAUCGAUAAGUAUGCAUGCUUUUGCUUGGAUGGGUAUACCGGGAAGAACUGUGAGGUUGAUGUGGACAUCUGCAAAGAGACCUCUUCAAAUGUCUCCCUUUGUUUUCAUGGAGCUACUUGCUUAGAUGGUGAAGGAUCAAAUUUCACAUGCAGGUGUCCGCCAGGUUUCAUGGGGGAUUUCUGUGAACUUGAUGUUAAUGAAUGUUGCUCCACGCCAUGCCUCCAUGGUGGCAUUUGCCAGGAUCUUAUUAACGGCUAUACCUGCCACUGUAAACCAGGUUGGACAGGCCUUCACUGUGAGGAUGACAUUAAUGAGUGCCUUCCACAGCCCUGCAACCAGGGGAUAUGCAUUCAGAACGAUCCGGGCUAUGGCUACACCUGUUUCUGUCGUCCUGGAUUUGUGGGGAAGAACUGUGAGCACAAUUAUGAUGAUUGCCUGUUGAGUCCGUGUCCCGAGGCAUAUUCCUGUGUAGAUGGCGUCAACAAGGUCAGCUGCAUACCUCCUGUUGCAGACAUUCCCCCGGUGACUGCAGUCAUGAAUAUCCCUCAGGGCCCCGUCCUGUCUACACUGAUGCCAACGUUCAAUCCAACACCAGCGCCCGAGCAAAAAUCUGGUUCAAGUUAUGUCCUGUACUUUGGGGAUGCGUACCAUGUGUUUGAGGGCAUAGACCUCGGCACACUCACUGAUAUCACAGUGAAGAUCCAGACUCGAGUGGCCAACGGUACCCUCCUCUAUGUUGACCAAGGACCAAUGAGCAAGGAUUUUUUUUUCAUGAAACUCUUUAUAUUAGAUGGAAUCUUACAGUAUUCCUUUUCCUGUAAUCAAGAAGAGGGGGUUAUAAGGAUCAAUUCAUCAAUUCAGGUCAAUGAUGGCAAGGUUUAUGUUAUUAAUGUCAGGCAGUACUUCACCCCAUGUGAAGCAGAGGUGACUGUUCUUGGCUAUGAUAAAAUCAAAAGCACAGCAAGUAAUUACUGGUCAGGACUCAUGAUACAAAGAACAAACCACAUUUUUGUCGGUGGUCUGCCCCAAAGAUAUCAGCCCAAUCAGGGAGCCAAGCCUUUUCACAACUACACUGGUUGCCUUGAAAUAAUUGAAAUUAAUAACCUCAAGGAAUUCCACACAUCCAAUGCUAUCACCAGCAGCAACCAGUGCAGAUAUAUCUUGCACGCGAAUGCCACAGAGGCCUCCACCGCAAGUUCUUUGGAUUUGACAAGCCAAUCUACCGACACCAUGAACGUGACUACGUCAUUGGUAAGGCCUACCCAGUCCCCAAAUCUUACUCUGCCUUCACAACAAGUCUGCCUCAAUGGUCUCUGCCGCAAUGGAGGAACAUGUCAGCAGCUACAGCAGCAGGCCGGUGGAGCGCCAUUUGCCUGUGACUGCCCCCUCCACUUCACUGGACCUUUUUGUGAGAAAGAUACCACCAUAUAUAUCCCAUCAUUCAUUGGGACAUCUUACCUGGAGCUGCAACCCCUUGCAUCUUUUCUUCAGUCUUACAAUGUCAGCAGAGGUCCAACUGCUGCCGCCAAAGAUAUGUUUGUUGCCCUAUAUGUGACAGUGAAAACCAGCGCUACCCAGGGCACCAUCCUUUACAGCCAGGAGCACAAUUUUGGGGAUCAGUUUAUUCACGUGUUCCUUCAAGAUGGCUGCCCUGUUGCUGAACUUGGUUGUAGUAGUGGGCACAUGUUGAUAGCAGCUGCAAGCCAGACCAUCAACAACAACAGAUGGGUGGCGAUCAGCGUCCGAUACUAUCUCCCGGUUGGAAGAUAUGGAGGGCCGUGCAUGAUUGAAAUAGCGGUAGAUAAUGGCACAGCUCAGCAUCUAAAGGACUACGUGUCUCACCCUAUGUCAGAGGCAACCUUUGGACCAAUAUUUCUUGGGGAUGUUCCUUCCCAUUGGGAGGUUCACGACAGCGUAAAGGGAGUGAAGAGAUUCAACGGGUGCAUCAGAGAACUUCAGGUCGACUCAAAGGAGAUCUACUUGGUUGGCGAGGCAGUCCGAGGGAGGAACAUCCAGAAUUGUGACCCACCUGUCUGCCAGCACCUUCCCUGCCGCAACGGAGGAACCUGUAUCAGCGAUACAGAGGACUGGUUCUGCGAGUGUCCUCCACUCUACACCGGUACACUGUGCCAGUUCUCCGCCUGUGAAAGGAGCCCAUGUGGUCAUGGAGCCACAUGCAUCCCCAAGUCCCCCCUGGAGGCUGUGUGUCUCUGCCCCUAUGGAAGACAGGGCCUGCUGUGUGAUGAAGCCAUCAACGUCACCCGGGCCAGGUUCAGCGGAAGUGACGAGUUUGGCUACACCUCUUUCAUGGCGUACUCCAUCCCAAACCUCAGCUUCUUCUACGAGUUCCAGUUAAAGUUCACACUCGCCACCAACGCGUCGGCCCGGACAGACAACCUCAUCCUGUUCUCCGGACACAAAGGACAAGGCAGUGAUGGAGAUGACUUCUUCGUUUUGGGGAUACGGAACGGCCGAGUUGUGCACAAGUACAACCUCGGAUCUGGUGUGGGAACAAUAGUUAGUGACCGGCUCAACCGCCAGAUCAGCAUUCACACCGUCGUCUUUGGUAGAUUGAAGAGAACGGGGUGGUUAAAGGUUGACGGACAGCGUAAUAGGACCGGAUCCUCUCCUGGACCGCUGGUGGGCCUCAAUGUUCUUGGCCAGCUCUAUAUAGGUGGAUAUUUUGAGUACACACCAGAGCUGCUGCCGCUUGGCUCCAGGUUCCGCAACGGCUUUAAGGGUUGCAUAUUCGAUUUGCAAUUUCGAACGAGAGGAGACGGAAAAUACCAAGUGCUCGGACAGCCCGGGGGACAUCCGGCCUUCGGGCGCAGCGUGGGUCAGUGUGGCGUCUCUCCUUGCAGUCUCGUCCAGUGCAAGAACGGAGGGACGUGCGUGGACUCGGGGUCAUCUGUGUACUGCCAGUGUCCAUCGGGAUGGAAGGGAGCCCUCUGUUCGGAGACGGUGUCUGUGUGUGACGGGGAGCACAGCCCUCCCCCGCUGUGUGCCCAGGGCUCCACCUGCAUCCCGCUCCCGAACGGCUACACCUGCCGCUGCCCUCUGGGCUCAGCAGGACCCUACUGCCAGAAAGCUUUGAAGAUUACAGAUCCCUUCUUCAGCGAGCGCCGCUCCUCCUGGAUGUCAUUCCCACUAGUGGGUGUUCGACACAGGACCGUCCUGCAGCUGCAGUUCCAGACUUUAGCACCGGAUGGCAUCCUUGUUUACGCCGCACAGCACCUCAGCCCCAGAGCUGGAGACUUCCUGUGCAUCUCCCUGACGUCGGGCUUCGUCCAGCUGCGGUACAACCUGGGGGACGGCGUGCGCGGCCUGCGGUCCAGCGCCCGAGUGGACGUGAGCGGCGGCACCUGGCACACGGUGACGGCGGGGCGCACGGGUCAGCAGGGCUUCUUGAGCCUGGACGGCAGAGAGGUGCGGCUCAACGGCACCGGCGGCAUGAGCACCCUCGACGUGGGGAGGGAAAUCUACAUCGGGGGCGUCUCCGCCCUCGGCGCCGUCUCCCCCGACGCCACCGGACAGGAGCCGGUGGGCUUCACGGGCGGCGUGCGAGAGGCGGUCCUCAACGGCCGGGAGCUGGAGCUCUCCGAGCGGGGCGCCCUCGGCGGAGCCAGCGUGGGCGACUGGGACGGCACCGCCUGCGGGUACAAGGUGUGCCACCGCGGGGGCGUCUGCAGGGUGACGGGCGCCGACUCAUUCGCUUGCGAGUGCAGCCCGCCGUGGGGGGGCCCCGUGUGCGACCGGCCGGCCGGCUGCGCGCACCAGCCGUGCGCGCGCGGCGCCCUGUGCGUGGCUUCUUCCGGCGUGGCCUCGUACCGCUGCGUGUGUCCGCUGGGGUGGGUGGGGCCGCACUGCGAGGAGGAGCUGGCCAGGGACGUGUUGAGGUUUGUGGGCAGCUCGUACCUGAAGUACAGCGACCCGGCAUUCAGCGGGAGGAACCUGCGGUCCACACGGGUGGCCUUCAGCUUCUCGGCCACGGCGCCCGACGGCGUGAUGCUGUGGGUGGGCGAGGCGGGCCACGAGGACGACGACUACCUCGGGGUGGGGCUGGAGGACGCCCACCUCAGGGUGGCUGUGAAUCUGGGAGAGAGGCUUUCCGUCCCCAUGACAUUGGCUAAUGUCACGUUGUGCUGCGACACGUGGCACCAUGUCUCCGUGUCUUUAAAUGGCACCGUCAUCCAGGUCUUCCUGGACCACAGCAGAGUCCUUUUCGAGGACCUGGAUCCAUUUGAGCGCUACGUUGCUUUGAAUUAUGGGGGUCGGCUUUACUUGGGAGGAUUCGAGUUACACAGAAAUGUGUCGCUGGUGACAUCCGGGCUGUUCACCAAGGGGUUUGUAGGGAAUCUCAAAGAUGUUUAUUUGAACCAAGACCCCAAACUGUCGUUUUACCAAAACAGCGAAGGUUUUAACAUUUAUGAGGGCAGCUGA